UUGCUCCAUCAGCAGCCAUCAGGCCAGCCAGGAGUCAAGUCAGCAACCAAAAGUCGUCGAGAGUGAGUGAGAUUUUAUUUUGUGUGGUCGAAAGUCGCGAAAAAAUACGAGUGUCGAACAAAAUUGCUAAAUAUUUCCCGGAAGUAUCGAGUAUUCGGUUCGUAGUGCGUUGAUUCGAACGGUUUUAGUGCACGGACGGGCUGGUAAUGCUCGACGAGGAACCACAUCCGAAUCUGGAUUAAAGUGUUGACAAUCGAAAUUCGUCGUAGAAAAAGGUGAAUCCGAUUAUUUGGCGUGUGAAAAUAGUUUCACACUUACGGCCAGAACAGCGAAAAAAUCAAAAGUAAAACGGUCCAACCGCUGGAUGUAAAGUUGGGCUCCAGUGAAGCCAAAUUACGGAAUUAGGCACAGACGAGUGCCCACCGAAGAACACCCUGGCCUGAAAACAGAGAUAAAACCACAACGGACAUAAUGGCGGCAGCAGCGAAACCGAUACAGGUGGUCGAAAGCGGCGAAGAGCACACAUUCACACUGAACGAAGAAGCACUGACGGAAAUUCUGCUGCAGGAAAACGUGCGGGACCGAACGGUGGUCGUCAUCUCAGUUGCCGGAGCGUUCCGCAAGGGCAAAAGUUUCCUGCUGGAUUUCUUCCUGCGAUACAUGUACUCGAAGUAUGUUCACAAUAAGAGCAUUUCGGAAUGGCUGGGUGACGAAAAUGAACCACUCACAGGAUUCUCGUGGCGGGGUGGCAGCGAACGAGACACAACCGGGAUUCUUAUGUGGUCGGAUAUAUUCCUGCACGAGACGCCGGGUGGAGAGAAGUACGCCAUCAUACUAAUGGACACACAGGGCGCAUUCGAUAGCCAGAGCACGGUGCGAGACUGUGCCACAGUGUUUGCCCUCAGCACGAUGCUCUCGUCCGUUCAGAUCUACAACCUGUCACAGAACAUCCAGGAAGACGACCUCCAGCACCUGCAGCUUUUCACCGAGUACGGUCGGUUGGCGUUGGCCGACAGUGGCAAGAAACCCUUCCAGCGGCUGCAGUUUCUAGUUCGAGACUGGAGCUUCCCGUACGAGGCGGAGUACGGUGCCGAAGGCGGUGACGUGAUUCUGAAGCGACGCUUGGAAGUCCAAGACAAACAGCACCCCGAACUGCAGUCCCUCCGACGUCACAUCACCUCCUGCUUCACGGAAAUUGCUUGCUUCCUGAUGCCGCAUCCGGGACUGACGGUUGCCACGAACCAGAAGUUCGACGGUCGGUUGGCAGAUAUUACGCCCGAGUUCAAACAGAGCCUCAAAGACCUGGUGCCGAUGUUGCUGUCGCCGUCGAAUCUGAUACCGAAGGAAAUCAACGGUCAGAAAGUGAAAGCACGGGAUCUGGUCCAAUACUUCAAGUCCUACAUGGCUAUCUACAAGGGUAACGAACUGCCCGAACCGAAGAGCAUGCUGGUGGCGACAGCAGAGGCAAACAAUUUGACGGCAGUUGCAGCCGCUAAGGACACCUACAGCCAGCUGAUGGAGGACGUUUGUGGUGGAAACAAACCAUAUCUAAACACCGCACAUCUGGACUCGGAACACAACCGGAUCAAGGAGAAAGCAAUACAUCAGUUCUCCUCCAAGCGGAAGAUGGGUGGCGAAGAGUUCUCCGAGAAGUAUCGCGAACAGCUGGAACAGGACCUGGACGAUUCGUACGUUACAUUCAAGGCGCACAACGAAAGCAAAAACAUUUUCAAGGCGGCCCGGACACCGGCGGUCUACUUUGCGAUCGCCGUCGUGAUGUACAUCUUCAGCGGUAUCUUUGGGCUGGUCGGACUGUACACGUUUGCCAACUUUGCCAAUCUGAUCAUGGGCAUCGCACUGCUAACGUUGGCCACGUGGGCGUACAUUAGGUACAGCGGCGAACUGAGCGACUUUGGCGUGCGGUUAGACGAAAUUGCCAACCUGCUGUGGGAAAAUAUCAUGAAACCAAUUUACCAAUCCUGCAUGGAGAAAGGUAUCCAGCACGUGGCAACGCACGCGACCGAGUACGCCAUCAGCGGUGGCGCCUCGUCGCCUUCAUCGCGAUCGGGCGCCGGAUCUCGACAACUGAACGGUAAAGUGAAGCGCUCUUGAGAGUUCGCUUCCGGAGGAACGUCCAGCGACGGUCAGCAGAGGCGGCAACCGCUGAGUGGGCGGCAGUGGUGGAGAUGGUGGCCAGCCGACUACCAUCAGCAUCCCCGCUACCAACUCGGCAGUGGCAGCAAUGGUGGUAACAACAAUACUAGGUUUAGUGUUUUCUUCGAUAGCCUUAGAGGUAGUACCGGUAGCAGUAGUAGUAUCGUUAAGCAAAGUAUCGACACCGACAACAAUAACAGUAGAACAAGCCGUGUGAUAAAGGGCCCAGGGCCAGUGAGCGGCGUUGGCAGCAGUGCUGCCAGUGGAGCGGGUAACUCAGGCACCGUGCCCAGUGGCAGACGACGAACGAAAAAUAAAACUUGAAUACGCGCUUCUCCAAGCUGCGGUUCUAGCUCUCGACGGAAUGCUACAUAAAACAAUGACAAUGAUCCGACAGCAAUUGGUUAGAGUAAAAUUUAUUUUUUGAUCCCAGAUCAGACCCAUCCAUUUAAGUUGCAUUUCAUUUGUUUAUUAUUAUAACCGAUAUUUGUUUGUCUGUCCGAUGUUUAAUAUAGUUGUACUAUUAUUAUGUUACGAUUAUAAGUUUUUACUUGUGUACUAUUAAACGAAGACUCUACUCUAUCCCUGAUUGGUGGAAAACGAACGUCGCGCGCUGAUUCUCAAGUCAAUAGGCUCCAAUUGAGCUAUUGAAAAAUGUGCCAAACUGAAAUAUUAGUAGACCAUGCAAAAUUACCGAUCAAAUCUGCAUUCUUGCCAAUAGAUAGGAAAUCGAGACAUGGAUUUCUUGAUAUAAAAAGAUCUGUUUUUCAUGUCCGUGCUUUUCAAUGGAAAUUGUUUGGCAAUUAUUUUAGAUCGACUCUGGAAACAAUUGACACCUCAGCAGAGUUUCCGUGCGUUUGUUAGAAUUUCUCGAAAAUAUCAAGGUCAGCGUUUUCUGCGGUCGUUGAAGGAUUUCAAACUGUGAAAUAUUCUACCUAUGUUAUGCUAUCGGUAAGGGGAAAAUGGGCGUAAUCUGUACAUAGACACCGAUUGAAAAUCUCUAAUUAGUAGAAUCAAGUGGAAAUCACGAAAAUAAUCGCACUACACUGAAACAAUUUUCAAAACUAAAAUCUAGCUGUGAAACGUAAUUCGUAAUUUAUCGGAAUGUGACAAAAAAUACGGCACAAAAUUAAGAUCGCAACGAAAUCUGCAUUUGCUAGCUGUGGACAAAACGAAUCAUAUCGGGAUUCCCACUUUAAUGAUCCGGCUCGUUAAUAUGAAUAAAUAAAGGAAUGAUGGAAACGUAAAAUGAUGAAGUGACGAAACGGUUUUGCCAUCCAUGCUCUCGCCUCUCAUAAAGAGUGAACUGCAAAGUUACUAAUCUGGAUAAAAGAUACGAACCAGCUUAACAAUUUCAGAACUACAUAUUCAUCCACAUCUAUGGUUCAUAUAUUGGCUGUAUUCUUGAAUGUGUGACAUGGCUUCGGGAUAUUUCGUCGAAUGAUAUUUAAUCGAAUAACGUUUGGUCGAAAGAACGUUUAGUCGCAAAACAUUUUCUUGAUUAAUCUUUCUUUCCUUCAAUACACAAACAAUAAGUAAUUAGUUCCUUAACAAUUUCACUUCCAAUCAUAAUUCAUUAAUUGUUAUACGACCAAUUGGUUACUUUUAAUUUCGACCAAAUAGUAUAGAUUCGAGUGCCAUUCGGACCUCUUCAAAAGGUGUAGCCAGGUGGACUGAUUACCACAGGGCUGAACCCAUGACAAACGCUCUUGGAGGAAUUUCUACAAACUUAUUAUUAUUGAUUUGUCCUGGUAAUUAUCCAACGGAUAGCUUUGAUUGAGGUAUCUAACGACUUCUUCGAAAUAGUGCUGGCAGAUCGUUUCUUAACAUUCUGUGGUUUACCUUUGAGAUACCAUAAUGGAGCUUUAUAACCAGUUUUUUUUAAUUGUUGGUAUUUUAUCAGCCUGUUGUCGAUGUGGGUCUUGAUUUGAACAGUUUUUUGUUUUGAUAAUUGUCGGAAGUGGCGAGUUCUCCUCGAAAAAGAAGGGUUUUCGAUAAUAAAUGUCUACAAUGGUGUAGAAUAGAGUAGUAAAAUAUUCUUCCUUGGUAAGCUUUGGAAGAGUGGAGAUCAUUUGCCCCGAUUUUUUCGGUGCUAUCCGACGUCAUAAAUUUCCAGAUACAAAACACGUAGACGUUUCCGUCGUCGAUUAUUACAGUUUUGUCUAAUCUAAUGCUGAAUUUAUUAACCCGAUAUGGAAAGUCUUACCCACUUUUUGAAUUUAUUUGUUUUCUACAUAUUUCAUAAAAUUAAAAUUACGAUCGGUUGAAUUUUGGGAAACGUCGUCAUAAUGAUCAAUUCAAUUUACGACUUCAUGGCUCAACAUGUGUAAUAAUGUGACUCCUUUGUAUUAUAUAACUUGUUUUAGACAUUUAACUUACCUUACUGUAGAGUAUCGAUUCGGAAACAGGUGAUUGAUAGUUAGCUUAAAAUGACCAACAAUAACCAUCACAGUGCUGUAAUAUAUAAUUAGAAUUAAUACAUUCAUCUACUCAUAACUUAUUCCAGGGCUAUGUGCUUCUCACGCUCAAGUUUUGUCUAAUCAUUGCUUUGCUUCAACACCAUCGUGCUUUGAUAUUUUCGAUGAACAUUCUGUCUCAUUUAUCAGAUUGAUUUGGAUCCUAAAGCAUAUUUUACUUUAGUUUCUGGAAUAAUUUAUGACUAAAUAAUUGUAUUCGUAUCUAAUUUUGUUUUACAGAACUGACCCCUUCCGAAAAGAGGGAAGGUAUAAAUUGCAAUAAAUUUCAUUGAUAUAGUUUUAGCAUACAUCUUUAAUCGUAAUUAUUUGAAGAUGAAAAAACGGUUAUUGCAGAAGUACUAUUGAAACAAAAGUGAGUGAAGAAAUAUUGUUCUGUUUUUCUUUUAUUUUUAUUUACGGUUUCUCAUUUCUUAUUUUCAAACGAAUUUUAUAAAUAAGUGUUGUUGCAUAGGAUUAGUAGUGAAAUAUAUUUUCAUAUACUUUUAAUCUGUAAGUGAAUUGUUUUUUCUCCCACGCGCGUCGCCUUAAGACGAUCACGUUUUGGAUUGUGAACCCGUACUGUGAAACAACAUUUCCCAUGAAAAUAGAUAUUUGCAUUUUUUUUUCUCUCAAUUUCGAAAUUGUAAAUCGCUGUAAGAAGUGAAUCGGCUUAGUGUAUUUUUGCUCAAUAGACGACCUGUUUGUUCCGGUAUGUUUUGCCGCCUCAUUAGAUGUGGGUAAGUGUGUUUAUUGAUCCGAUAAAAAAACAUACAACAUGAUAAAAUGCAAGGCAUUUUCUUGUAAAAUUUAGCAAUGUGUAACAAAGAAAUUGAGUUUAUGACACAAUGAAGAUAAAUUGAGACAACUACGUGAAACCAUAAGGAAGCUUAAAUUGCAAAAUAUGCACGCCCAUUAACGAUCGUGGCAGCUUAUAAACACUGAAUAUGCAAGCUAAUAUGGCGAACAACGUUGGAUUAAUUAUUUUGGCAAAGCGAGAAAUAAAAAAAAAUAAACAAAAAGAAUUAAUGAGAGACGUAAUUGUUGGGAGUGAGAGUUAUUACGUGAAUUAUUUUUAUAUUAAAGUUACAAAAAAGUGAACAAA